AAAUACUCUGUGGGCCAGGAGCUCUUUAACGAAGUGUGUCAGUAUCUCAGUCUUCGUGAGCGAGAUUUCUUUGGUCUCUACUUCUUCAAAAACGCUUCCAGCGAUGUCCACGCUUCCAAUUCUGUUAUCUCAAAUGCCAAUCCUAGUACAACUUUUAGAAGAAUGCCAUGGCAGUCUGAAGCCGCCGAGGAUUGUGCAAUCCAUCAUCGCGGUAUCCCAUUCUGGCUCAAAAUGAACAAAAGAGUUGUGGAUCAAUGUAAAAAGAACACCCGUCUCUGGUUUGGUGUUCGGAUAUACCCACCCAAGCCUCAUGAAGAAGUCUUCGACGAGAUCACUCGCUAUCUUCUGUGUCUCCAGCUUCGACAAGAUCUACUUUCUGGCAGGUUGGCAUGUUCCUUCUUUACGCAUACUCUUCUGGCCGCCUAUUGGGCUCAAUCUGAGCUUGGCGAUUGGGAUCUGCACGUGCUUAGCCCGAGUAAUUCGACGGAUUACCUAAUCCCUCUCUGCCUAGCCGCACCAAUAUCUUCUUCUAGCCUUACUACACCUGAAGACGAUUCUCUAAAAGUCGAAACUGUCACCGAAGAGGAACGACUUUGGUCAGGCUCUCGAACUGGCCCACCUCAGCCACCUCCACUGGUGCGAAUAAGUGUGCCGUUUUUGCAACAAGUCAAUCUGUUUCACCGAUCCCUCAGAGGUUUAGUUCCCUUAAGAGCUGAUAUCCUCUUCCUUCAGAUCGCGCGGAAACUGCCCACCUAUGGUAUCGAUUUUCAUAGAAUACAGAAUCCAACCCGUUCUACUGUCCACGUAAAUCUCACAAAACGUCUUUCCAAGGAGACAUCAACGUUCCAAAGAUCUCAAAGCCUACGUCUAAAAUCUACAAACUUCUCUAACAAAACGAAGAACCGUCUCAGUUUAUCACCUCAUAAUUUUUCAGAUUCCAGAUCCUCUAAUCAUUUUCCAGCCUUCAGCUCCACUGGACUUAGCAAUGGAUGCCAUUCCGGUCAUCAGUAUCCAUUCUUUCUGGGUGUAUUUCACGGUGGAAUUUAUAUCUACCGAGGUCGUCUACGCUUGGAAUAUCAUCCGUGGUCAGCAAUCGUAAAAAUGGCCUAUCGAAGAGCCUCGUUUCGUCUUUGUCUUCGACUUGCUAAUUCAGAGAAAGAUGGUCUGGUUCAAAUAUUGAAAUGCGAUUGUGGAACCACGGCUCUGGCUAAGCGAAUCUAUAGGUCCUGUGUUGAUCAUCAUGCUCUCUUUCGCUUACGUCGACUGGAGGUUGGUGAGAGAACCACUCCUUGGAGCUCAAUACGUGAGCCCUUUCCAUUCGCAACAGGCACUCGACUUCGACGCUUGCACUUCUCAGGCCCCCAUUCUCCUUCCGGGCCCUCUUCAGCCUCAGUGUCCACAGCCACAGCACCCCCACAUCUUAUGAGUAGUAUAGCUGUCUGUACGAGAAAUCCUCCUACUCUUAUUCGCGCCUCAACGCCAUUACUUGAAGCUAGGUCUCGUCCUUUGAGUGAGCCUGAUGUGAGAGCUCCUGAUCUUCAUGAAGCGUCUCAAGAUCACGGAGCAGUCUCUGAAGCCGUCACAUUAUCUGCCAGACAAGGGAGUAGCCGAUUUGUCCGAUCAGCCCAUAAGCUCUUCUCGCGUAUUUUUACUCGCAAAUCAACAAGGCGUCAUAAGCGUGGUGUACCUGGCCACCAUCUACACGCUUCCCUCUCCGACCAAGGUCUUCAACAAAACGUUGAUCCUGAUGACCCGAGCACUGAUAUUGGUGGGCUAAUUCUGGCUGAUGGGUUCGAGUCUACAUCUUUAUCUACUGCAACUGCACCCUCCACAUCUCUCUCAAUAUCACCUUUCUAUACUCCCUCGGAGUGGAAUCGACCUCCACUCCCUGGACCCCUGUGGCGAAUGAGCUCGGUUGAUGCGACUCCAGGAAUACAAUUCGAGCCAUCUGGUGGUCUUACAGUUUCACGAGAUGGGCGACUAGUAGUCUACCAAGAUGUGGCUGAUAAAUCUCCCUCCAUGGAAUGGAGGGGCUGUCGAGCCACAUGGGGAGUUUCAGAGAAUCCAAAUUCUCCGGCAGGUGCUUCUUCAUUUGGCCCUCGACGACUCUUUUUUGAAGUGCGUCUUAAUGGAAAUGAGCCAGUCCGAGUUGGGUGGGCUACUGAAAACGCCAAUCAAAUACUUGGUGAAGAUUCUCGGGGAUUCGCCUACCAAACAUCACCAAUUACUCCAGCUCUGAAUGAAGACAUUCUUAAUGAGGAUUGGUUCAAUAUAACUUCUGGUAGAGAAAUCGACAAAAAUGGCCAAUUGCAUCAUGGUGCUCUGGUUAUUGGUGGAGCCAGUGUUGAUGUGGUUGGUUCAUGUCAGGGCGAUGUUAUUGGCUGUUACCUUGAUCUCGACUCUCGUCUUGCUCACUGGACGAAAAAUGGUGUGACGUCUGCUGAUAUGACUAUUUCGAUCGCCCGUUUUCCCCCCAGAACUGUCUUCUUUCCUGCUUGCGCAAUUCGAAACUCCUCUGUUACAUUUAAUUUUGGCGACACGCCAUUCGCAUAUGGACCAAUGCUUGUGACAGGAGAAUAUUCAAAUUCCAAUUGGUUGCCAUUGGCUUCAACUAGUCUAAUUGCGGAGAUUGCUGGUUGUUCUCAUAGUAGUCCAACAGGAGCCAAUCAACUACCGAUUCGACUCACACCCAAUCCGCAUACCGGAUGGAAUCUCAUUUCAACAAAUAGCUCGGGUGCAAUUCUAUCUCCUGAUAAGCUUUGUGUUCGAGCAAUUCUUCACGCUGGUUGGCAGACCCUCCACGCAUCUGAUUUCAUCAUGCCAUGGUCGGAAUGCGUAUCCAAUAAGAAGCUACCAUUUCAAUCCAAAUUACAAGCUCCCAGCGUCUACUUCGAGGUACACCUCUUGGAAUCUCUUAUCACAACUCCCGGAGCUGGUGUAUUUUUCGGCUUCUCCACCUUAUCCAAUUGUACUUCUCCGCCUGUUUCCCCUAUGGGAUCUGACAGACUUGACACGUUCGGCAUAGUCUUCGAACAAAACGCCUCAAGUAAUCAGACAUGUCUUGUCCAUGCUGGUGUUAAGCGGGCUUAUGGAAAGGCUCUUCAUCGCGGCGAUGUUGUGGGUUGUGUCCUCAACCCCCAAAGUGGUUUGGUCUUUUGGUCAAUUAAUGGGGAGUAUUUGGGGCAUAUUGUACAGAUAUGUGUGGCGCAACAGCACGCUGUGAACGGAAAUGCGUCAACGGCAGCUGAUGAUGUGAUUAGCAUCCCACUGGCCCCCGGACAACAUGCCCUUGUCUUCACCCCUGUCUUCAGUUUAGCCAACACUUCGAUUGAAGUGAACUUCGGUGAUGGAGCUGUGCCAUUGAAGCAUGUGAACAAGCACACCAACUGCAUCCCAUUGUGCCAUUACCGACGAUUACUCGAAGGCGAUUUAUUUUGCUUGAACCUUCUACACCAGCUGCCUCUCCCGCCUUCAUUGCUGAAUUCAAAAUCGGAUUCAGAAAAGAAGGCGAAGCCCCUGAACCACACUAACGGUGCCAAUCCGGCUCCUCUACGCCAUCCGCACUCAUUUGCUCAAUGUCGAGAUACUACCAACUACAAGAAUGAAUUCACAGUGGUUCACAAAUCAGCCUCAUGCAACUCCGCACCUACGCCUACUACCAUGAAUCUCUUAGUCUCCUCUGAUAUCAUGGACGCCCUCCGAAUUCUGCGGUCUCGAAUUCCCCUAGUUCCCGUAAAGACCAGCUUCUGGGGUCGAGAAUCCACCGAUUUGGCGUCACCUCGCCGUCCAAUCACAUCGCCAACCUUUGCAGCACCUUGGUCGAAAGACAAUCAAAUCUUGCCCAUUGUUCGGACCCACCGUGUCGCAGUCUCAACUCUACCUCCAAAUGCAGCAACCACAGCAAGUCAACUUUUGGAAACAGAGAUCGACACGAAUUGCUUGGACAGUACUUUAACUGCUAUGGCCCUUGCUCUUGGCAGUAGUUUGCGUAGGUCAGCUUCAGAUAGCAUGCACAAAGCUCUCAUUCGUCAUCUUUGUGGCCAGUCACAACAAAGCAGUGCAUCUGCAGCCAACCAAUCCUCUUCGUCGUCAUUAAUUGAGCGACGUAUGUCACAAAUUCCCCUGGUACCUACCAAAAUUGUACACACGAGAGCGUCUUAUGCUAAUGAGUAUGUACCUGUUCUGUCACACCAAACCGAGACCUUCGAAAACUUGACCGAUAACUCGAAUAAAAUCCGAACUAAUUUAGAAGCGGGUGAUGACACAAUAUCCAGGCGUCGCUACAUCACAGAUCUAACAUUGCCACAAUCAAUAGCUGAAGACGACCUUUCAAUUAGUAGCCCCAAGUUAACCGAAGCCAAUUGA